AUGGUUGAUGUGUCACCCUUCGGACUCAAAACUGACCCCGCAAAUCCCGUGGAAGGCUCAGCUAACCAGUGGGAGGGCGAUGGCUUAGGUGGGUUACCGGUGGAGGUGUACUCUGAUGUCGACGGCGCCCUUAAGGAACUGCAAGAGCGUCCUAACGAGUACAGCAGCGUUAGUGUGGUUGUUUAUGGCUCUCCGUCCUUCCUGCAGGAGACGGUGACGCAGGCCGUGGGGAUGGGCGUGGUGGUGUCGGGGCGGGCGUGGGUGUUGGUGAGCAAGGUGGCGGAGUGGCAUCAAUCUGUCUUUCCCAGUACGCUUCUUACUUACCAACACAACCUGGUGCUGGUGACGCCUCUGCUCAGGACACCUCGCACCCCCGCCCCAGGUGAGUGGGUUAUCUUUAAGUUUUACGCUGAGAGCAAUUUAACAAACUUGGCGGACUGGCAAGGAGCCCAAGGCCAGAUACUCAAGAUUUACCUGUCCAGUAAGGAUUUUCUGGGUGACCUGAGUGACUUUGAACUGUUGGAUAUAACAGACUAUACCUGCAGGAGUGUUAUUUGUGGCAGACUUGGCGGGAGAGGCGGGGAGAGCUUGGAGAGCCACACGGGAAGAACCCUCCAUCGCCUCACCUUUCUGAAUGGCGGCCUGGCGUGGGUGGGUGUGGGCUGUGGGCGUGCCGGUGGGCAUGUGUCCCUCACUGCUGACCCCUUCUCGCUCCCUGCCCAUCUUGGUAACAUCACCAUUCCUGUGGCUGUUGUGAAGGGAUCGCCCACGCUGAGUCUGGUGAGGAAUUCUGACGGGGGACACUAUCUUGACGGAUUCCUAGGGGAGAUCCUUAGACUCCUUCAGCAGGACCUUGACUUCCGCGUGGUGGUGUCUCAGAUUCCUGGCUUUGGGAACCGCCUAGCCAACGGAACCUGGAUUGGCAUUGUGGGUGCCGUGGCUAGAAAGGAGGUGGAGGUGGGCCUGGCGUCGCUGUCCAUCUCUCACAUCAGGUAUCAGGUGGUGGAGUUUUCAGAGCACCUAAUAUCAACCGGCGUGUUUCUCAUGUACCCCGCCAGACAGCUCACCCAGCCCGUGUCCACCGUGUUCCUCGUCUUCUCCCCCGAGUUAUGGGGCUGCUUGCUGGGCCAAAUAACGCUGCUCGGGACCGUCCUGUACCUCGCCUGCUACCGUGACGCCGCCGAGGGGAAUCACUCGCCUCUCUACUACCUAUUUGCCUCCUUCAGAACCUUCGUGUACCAAGGUACCCUUGAGCCCCAAACCACCGCUACUCGACUCACCUACUUGUCCUCUCUCAUCUUCGCUCUUGUGGUGUACGCUUUGUAUAGCGGUAACCUGACGGCGGUGUUGUCGUUACCGAGACUGCAGGAGUACCCGAAGAGUGCCGAGGAGAUGCUGGAGCAAGGUUACGCACCCCUCCUCACCAAGGGCUUCCACCAGUACGACUAUUUCAAGUUCUCCCCUCUAGACGCCUUGAGGACGCUCUUCCGGCACGCUGAGGAGAAGGGAACUAUCUAUCCCUUCGGCAGGAUUGACCAUAAGACAGCCCUUCAAAGGUUUAGCAAGGGGCGUGUUGCAUCUGUUAUCACACCUCUCGGCAUAGUGUUUAGACAGAAUAGCGGCGCCGACCGUCAGCAGCCGUGCCCCUUCUACGUGGAAUCAGCGCCCUUGAAACUCGGCUUCAUAUCAAUCAUUCUGCAGAAAAACUCCUUCUUCAGCGAAAUUAUCAACGCAAGGCUGCGGUGGCUGAGGGAUAGUGGAAACCUGAGGGAGAUUUAUGGCCGGUACAACGUGAUUCAGUGCGUCCCCAGCGGCAGCGCGAGUGGCACCUCCCGCCCCCUGUCCCUCACCGUGCUGCUCGGCGCCUUCAUCAUGUGGCUCUGCGGGGUCCUCGUCUCCUGCGCCAUCUUCCUUCUCGAGUUCCUAGCAUCACGUGGUAGAAAGUCCUAAGCGAAGGAUAUAUUUUUAAUCCCUUCUGUACUGAGACGCAUUUUUGUAUUUUUUUUUGUGAUUACGAUUAGACCAUUUAUUUGCAUCAGAAAGGGUCUAUGGAGGUCAGAAGAUUAAUGGCCAGAGUCUAAAUCAUUCUAAUCCUAACGUAUGUUUUUGAAGGUGUAUAAAAACCACCAAAUAGUAAGCGGAAUAAAUAAGAAAACGCGAUUAACUCCUUCAGUACUGGGACACAUUUUUACCUUGAGAUUUGUGUACGAUUAG